AUGAAUACGGGAAGUUCGUUUUACGAACCGAUACUCGUGUCAAGCGAUUCGGAGAGUGAAGACUCAGACAGCUGCGACCGAAUGAACAGUUUUACGCGUACUAACAACAUGAUUUCUACGCCAUACAGCCCGACACACACGCCGGGUAGUCAGGUAACGUCACCGUUCUGUCUCUACUGCGAAUUCCGGCGUUUCUGGUAUACAUUCCAGCGUCUCCUUCUCACUGCCUGCUGACACCGUCGUGAGUAUCCGUUUGAUGUAGUAUCGUACCUAUUAAUGUUCGAUAUUUAAAAAAAAAAAAAAACCGGUGAAGACAAAUCGCGACUUCGUCAAAUGUGUUAUUACUUAUAUUUUCGAACAUUUAGUCGAAUAUUUUGUACCGCAGGCAAGUAUGAAAUUAAAUAUUUAUAUGUUUUUUUCGCAUAUAUAUAUAUAUAUAUAUAUAUAUAUAGAUGUAGCCUUGCCUCAUUACAAUGGUAUGAUUUGCAAUAUUUUGACGAACCUGUAUGGAUUUCCAAGUGACGAGGAAUCCACGUGGAUUUAUGGCCAUCACCAUACGAUGAUGGCGAUGAUUGAAGCUUCAUUAACGGUGAUCAACCCACAAAAUUGUGAUUUUUUUUCAAUUGUAAUUACCUUACGUCUCAUGGAUGGAGUUCUUUCCAUCAACUUGUAA